AUGCGAAUCCUCGCACUGGCAAGCAUACUGCUCCGCGCUGAGAACAUAAAGAGCACUGCUACAUUCUUUUUUCACUUGUGCCUUUCAGGCGAACGAUAUCCACUGACCGAAAAAAACAACAGUGACCCGGAAAACUUGGGAAAAAGCCUCGAUUCCGCGUAUCAAGGCGGGAUUCCGUAUCAUAUUGGGCCUCUUCUGCCAUUUGAACUGAACUCACAUCCCAAGGACAAACAGCCAUCCGGCCGCGUGUUGCGUAUUUCUCACGCUCUUCGAAUGGCCAUGGAACCUCCAUGCAGUCCGCCUGGCCGGAUGAGCAUACCGAGCCCUAUUCUACACAGACGAAAUAGGACGAAGUCUCAGUCCGAAACUGCUGCCUCUGCAGAGCUUGGAAGGGGUACGGUAGUAGAAUUCUGUCGCGAGAGGGGCCAUGGUUUUAUUAAGCCUGAUGGCGAUGGCGACUCUAUAUUUCUUCAUGUUUACGAUAUUGAAGGCGAAGUCAUUCCGAACCAUGGUGACAUCGUGGAAUACCGCAAAAUGCUGAUACCACCCAAAAAUGAAAAAUAUCAAGCGGUCCACGUGAAAAUUGUGAACUUUGCGCCGGGUAGACACAGAACAUGGAAUGACCCACCUUCAAGCUCUUGA